AUGUCCUCUUCAGAUGGAGAAAGCGUGUUUUUAACACAAAACAAGUUUAGAGAAGUUGAUGAACAAGAAAACAACACGGAUGGCAUUCUCAGUGAUAUUUUGGAUUUGGAAAGAGAACAUCCAAAAAAACAACCGAAUUUUGACCUCAAAGUAGAUAUUUUUUCGGAUAUUUCUGACGAGGAACUUGUUAAGGCCACCCAAGACAUAGAAGGAAAAGAAAAUAUUGAAAGGUUUGCACGGCUCAAUCAAGAAGAUUUGGAUAAUUUGGUUAAGAAAGGUUUAUCGAAGAAAACAGAGCAAAAGUCAAAGUGGGCAAUGACUCUAUUUACGAACUGGCAAAAUGAACGAAAGCGUAUGUUACCAAACCAUGAUACAUUUAUGUACCAGGAUAUUAUGAUAAUGAGUGAUGAGGAAAUCAACAAAACAAUGAGUUUCUUUGUAGCUGAAGUGAGGAAUAAAUCUGGAGAGGAUUACAGACCCAAUAGCUUGUAUGAAAUUGUGUGUGCAAUUCAACACAAAUUACGACAUGAAGGUAGAUUCAUAAACUUUUUGGAUGAUAAAUUUCACGAUAUGCGCAGUAUUCUUAAUUCAAAGAUGAAAGAACUCUCUGGGCGAGGCAUGGGGAUAGAGCGGAAACGGGCAGAGAUCAUAACUGAGGCUCAAGAAGAUGAAAUGUGGUCCAAGGGAGUUUUAGGAAGAGAUACACCUCAAAAACUCUAA